CCCUCCCUCUUCAAACAAAUAAAUUUUCUCAUUGGCUGAUUAACCAACAUCAUUUACUAGCUGCCACUUUAUUUGCUCAUAGACUAAACAACUAAAAAUGCUUAUAAAAAUAUAAGACUGAAUACAUUUAAUUAUCGUUCUUAAUUCACAUUCUUUGAAUAAUUUAUUUAUGCAAUUCUUGCACAAUCAAGAUGUGACUUUAUUUGAAAAUGGCGGUACAUAUCCUAUGUGAUGAUAUGGAAGUUGUUCAAAACGUAUGAUUACUUAAAGAAAUGAGUAAAACAUAUAAGAAAAAGAGGAUGCUCAUCUUCUUACAACGAAUCAUUCUGCUGAUUAAGUUUGGCUCAACGAAUUCAUAUUUAAAGAUCAUCCUUGAUCUUUUCAAAUUGGAUAAACUACCGAAAGCAUUUUAGUAAAGCUACAAAUUAAAUAGUAAAAAAAUAACUCAGAAUUUUUCAUAAUUUCUAAUCUUAUUUCUCUUCUAGUUAACUUUAACAUUUGAACAUAUGGAAGAAUAUCAUGUUUCAACGGAUAUAUUUAUCAAUGAAUAA